AUGAUUGUAGAACUACCAGAUUGGUGCCCUCCAUACUCUUCGUUAAAAGUGGAUUCAGUAACUAAUGAAGAUGUCUAUUGCAUUUGUAAGAAACCGGAUAAUGGUGAGUUAAUGGUUGGAUGCGAUGGAUGUGAUGAUUGGUUUCAUUUUAAGUGUUUGCAUAUUUCCACAAAAUAUAAAGAAUUAGUUUCUUCCUUCUAUUGUCCUUAUUGCCAAGCUGGGAUAACAGGAAAUAAAAAUGAGGAAGAUGACGUUGAAGAAGUACAUCAUAAGACUCUGUGGAAACGCAAAUGUAGAUUACAGGAUUGCUAUAAGCCAUGUCAGGAUAAUAGCAAGUACUGUAGUGGUGAGCAUGGCGAAGAGUACAUGAGAAGCAUUGUGAUGAGAGUUAAAAUUCAAGGUAAUAAUGAUAGCAACAAAGAUUAUGCAUUUGUUCAAAAAUUAGUACAGUCUUCAGGUACAGCAGAUAAGUUCAAAAUAUUUGGUGAGAGUGAUUUUACUAAAAAAGAUAUAGAUCCGAAGUUAAAUGUUGAAUUAUUUGAUAAAUUGAUUAUGAAUGAUACUAAUCUAAAGGAGUUACAAGAAAAAGAAAUAGAGAUAAAUCAACAACAGAUACCUGAUGUUGAAUCUAAAUUAGAGUCACUUGAUAAGUAUUUACAAUGGUUGAAAGCGCUGAAUGCAAAACUAACAGAAGUUGAAGGUGCUACAAUAGUUGAACCAAAAAAAAAGGGUAAUAGGAAAAAGACAAAAUCAAACCAUUCAAAACGUAUAUGUGGGUUUACCAAUGAUAUUAUAUCAAUCCCAAAUACUGAUGAAUUUACAGAAAGCUACUCACAAGAUUCCACGACCCAUCAGGGAAUUUGUACAAAGAUUAAAUGUGCCAAGCACCAUGAUUGGGCAAGUAUGCUGAUAGCAAGGCAUAACCAAGAUUUGAGAACCUUGGAGACCUAUAGUGAAAGAUUAAAUUUACUGAUAAAGAUGAGAAAAGAACAAUUAAAUAUUCAAUUCUAUGAAAAGUUGAUAAAAUAG